AAGAACAGCUUUCACUUCUAGAACAGCAAAACCCCUAUAAGGUGUAGAGUCCUAACUAAUCAACUACCAAGGGUGGGAAAAAAGUCAUCCAAAUAGAUGGAGAUGGUGGAGUUGAGUGGAGUUGCCAGACGCAAUUUUAAAAAUGGUUUGUCAGACACAGAAAAUUCCAUAGACUAUGAAUGGCAACAAAAAAUGCCACUGAAGAAAAGGACAAACAAGCUCCUAUUCAUCCUCAUGUGAUUUCACAACAAUUACCAUUCAUCAAUCUUGUCCCAAUGCCAAUACAUUCCAAGCUGUCUUCUUAACAUCAUUCCCUUAAUACAUUCGUCUUGAUAAUCCACCCUUCAAUCUUAAUACAAACAAUCUGUCAUUCCUUCCACCAAAGAUAAUACCUUUAUUAUUUCUUUGCCGAGAGUUGGCAAAAGGGUGUCCAUUCAUUUCAUCCAUUAAUGGCUUCCACUUCCAAAAAGCCAUUCUUGAUUCCACUCAUGAUUUUCUUGAUUUGCCAAACUUUUUCUUCUUCUCCAGCUACCAUCCCAGCUUCAACUAUUUCAGCUGCACCUGCAUUACUGCCAAAUCCACCAUUAUCUUCACCUCCAUUUCCUGCUCUAUCUCCAGAUAUAACUCCUUUAUUUCCUUCACCUGGUGGCUCAGAACUUGCUCCUAGUGAUUCUUCACUACCUACUAUACCUUCAAGUCUCAGCCCUCCAAAUCCAGAUGCUAUGGUUGCUCCUGGACCUUUCAUGCCAUUUCAGCCUUCUGGCUCAUUCCCAAUUUACUCUGCAAUUCCUCUAGCAUCAUGUUUUAGUGCAAUUCUGGUCUUUGCUGUGUAAUGGCUGCUGCAUUGUUGGUACAAAUUGGAUUCUGGUUUAAUUUAUUGGUUUAUAAAAUUUGACACCUCUUUUGUCUACCAUGUACUACAGAUUUUGUUCAUAUUAUUUUUGCUUAUCCGAGUAUAUCAUCAUUAAGUUAAUUGAGAUGUAUUACCAUUCUUGUAUCAAAUAUAAGAAGGAAAUAAAACAAUGACUCUCCACUUUGUCUGAAAAA